AUGUUCAAAAGUGGAUUUAAGAUCAUGGGGUUCACCCCUGAGCUGUUCCCAGACACGCCCCUGGUGCCGUCCCUGCCGGCAAUAUCGUCGGCACGAGCCGGCCCCGCCCCUCAGAAGCAGCGGAGGCGCAGCAGCAGCGGGGGCGAAAGCGCUGCCAGGCCCCGGCCGUCGCGCACAGCCCCCAGGCCGGGCCCGAGCAGAGGCAGCAUGGAGGUGGGCAUGCGUGUGGUGCGUGGCCUGGACUGGAAAUGGGGUAACCAGGACGACGCCGAGGGCCACGUAGGCACCGUGGUGGAGAUCGGGCGGCAGGGCAGCACUACUACUCCAGACAAGACGGUGGUGGUGCAGUGGGACAGUGGCACAAGAACCAACUACCGCACUGGCUACCAGGGCUCUUACGACCUGCUGCUUUAUGACAACGCUCAGAUCGGCGUGCGUCACUCCAAUAUCAUCUGUGACAGCUGCAAGAAGCACGGCAUCAUGGGAAUGCGAUGGAAGUGCAAGGUGUGCUUCGACUAUGACCUGUGCACCCAGUGUUACAUGAACAACAAGCACGACCUGAGCCACGCUUUCGAGCGCUACGAGACAGCGCAGUCCCAGCCAGUGUGCUUGGCACCGAGGCAGAACCUCCCGCGGAUCAUCCUCAAAGGAAUCUUCCAGGGGGUUAAAGUGGUUCGUGGACCUGACUGGGAUUGGGGCAACCAAGACGGCGGGGAGGGUAAGGUUGGGAAGGUAGUGGACAUUCGCGGCUGGGACACGGAGUCUGGUCGCAGUGUGGCCAGCGUCACCUGGUCUAAUGGCACCACCAAUGUUUACCGAAUGGGCCACAAAGGAAAGGUGGACCUCAAAUACGUGUCUGACGUUCAAGGAGGCUUCUAUUACAAAGAACACCUACCGAGGCUCGGAGAGCACGCAGAGCUGCAGCGCCAGGAGAGCGCUGACUGCCACUCCUUCCAGCAGGGCGACAAGGUCAAAUGUCUCCUUGAGAUGGAGAUCCUACGACAGAUGCAGGAGGGCCACGGAGGGUGGAACCCCAAAAUGGCAGAGUACAUUUGCCGGAUCGGGACUGUUCACAGAAUCACUGACAGAGGCGAUGUCAGAGUCCAGUACAGCAACAACAUCCGCUGGACUUUCCAUCCUGGGGCCCUCACCAAGGUGAACACUUUUGGAGUUGGCGAACUAGUAAAAGUAUUGGAGGACAUCGACAGUGUGAAGAGACUACAGGCUGGCCAUGGAGAGUGGACAGACAGCAUGGCUCCUGUGCUCGGCCAGGCCGGAAAGGUGUUGAAAGUAUAUGCGGAUGGUGACCUUCGGGUGGCAUUCGGAGCCCAGACGUGGACUUUCAACCCAGCGUGCCUCACGGCCCAGUCCGUGGAGGUGGACGCCAACCUCAUGACGGCCGAGAACCCCAACGAAUCUGGAAGUACAGUCAUCUCGGUGUUGGAAAAGCUGCUCUCACAGUCCACAGAGCAGGACAACCCCAGCCGGCUGGUUAUCGAGGCAGCGCACGGCAGUGCCAACAAAGUGCGGGAGUUGGUUCAGAAGUAUCCCGACAAGGUCGAUAUAAAGAACCAGGGCAAGACUGCACUGCAGGUGGCUUCUCACCAAGGCCACAUGGAGGUGGUGAAGGCCCUGCUGCAGGCCAACAGCUCCAUCGAGGUUAAGGACGAAGAUGGAGACACAGCAUUGCACUACACCGCCUUCGGUAACCAAGCAGAUAUCACCCGGCUGCUGUUGAGCAAGGGGGCAAAUGUCAACCUCCUGAACAACUCCAUGUGCACGGCACUUCACAUAGCUGUCAACAAGGGCUUCACGGACGUGGUGCGAGUGCUGACCGAACACUCUGCUGACGUCAAUCUCCAGGAUUCAUAUGGGGACACACCGCUUCACGACGCAAUCGCUAAAGAUUUCCGCAAUAUCAUCGAGAUCCUGGUCUUGGUGCCCAACAUCGACUUUACACAGCAGAACCAUCGAGGCUUCAAUCUGCUGCACCACGCUGCCCUCAAAGGAAACAAACUGUCCACAGAGAAGAUCCUGGGCAGGGCGCGGCAGCUCGUGGACGUCAAGAAGGACGACGGCUUCUCUGCGCUGCAUCUGGCAUCCCUCAACAACCACCGAGACGUCGCCGAGAUCCUGGUCAAGGAGGGACGCUGCGACAUCAACAUCCGUAACAACCGGAACCAGACGGCGCUGCAGCUGGCGGUGACGCAGGGCCACACCGACCUGGUGCAGCUGCUGGUGUCCGAGGGCGCCGACGUCAACAUGGAAGACGAGGACGGAGACACGGCCAUGCACGUCGCCCUGCUCCGUCCGCAGCUGGCCAACGUGAUGCUCAGCCCCCCCGUGGGAACCAGCAGCACUGAAGACCCAAGCGAAGGAUGCUCCUCCACAUCGCUCUACUGCAGGCUGAGCGCUUCAGGUCUUCUGGGGAAUACCGAGCUGAGUGUUGGCGCAGCUCUCGCUUGUUUUUUGGCGCAGGAAGGGGCUGACAUCAACUACGCCAACCACAAGGGAAAGAGUCCCUUGGACCUGGUGGCAGACAGCACCAUGAUGCAGCUCAUCAAGAGCUUCUCUGAGAAACACAGGUUGCAGCGUCUGCAGGCCAUCACAUGUGGCCAGGGUCUGAGCAGCGCCAGCCUGCGGCGGGUCCACACUACGCCCAACACCAUGACCAACCUGGUUCUUCCCACCCCACCGGGGCCCAGUGAAUGCCUGAUCUGCUCCGAGCUGGCUCUGCUGGUUCUCUUCUGCCCCUGCCAGCACAGCGUGGCAUGUGAAGAGUGCGCCCAUCGAAUGAAGAAAUGCAUCAAAUGCCAAGUCACAAUCACCAAAAAAAUUAGACAAGACCAAACGGAGGUGGACUGCAGCCCCGGCACCGAGAACUCGGAGCAGCACAACCUGCUGGAGCAGCUGCAGUCCCGCUACCGGCAGAUGGAGGAGCGCAUCACCUGCCCCAUCUGCAUCGACAACCACAUCAAGCUGGUCUUCCAGUGCGGACACGCCUCCUGCAUCGACUGCAGCGCCGCGCUCAAGACCUGCCCAAUCUGCCGACAGACCAUCCGCGAGCGCAUCCAGCUGUUCGUUUGACCUCCUCCCUCCUCUCGGCGCGUAACGAACCAUAGAGGGGUGGGGCUGGAGAGAGUGGGAAACCAGUGACCUGUAUCUGCUUGUCGCACCCUCCUGCUCAUACCCAACCCCUCCCCGCCCUGAUUGAACACUUACUCAGCCUGUAGGUUGCUUCAUCAUAAGAGACACUGCUGAGAGUCCGCUCUUUGUUACACUCUGAGUAAUUUCCCUCUCAGAUCAUUUUCGGUGUCAGAACUGAUUGUUCCGCCAAAACCCGACGGGAAGCAGACGUCACGAGGCCAUGCUGCCAAUUUUCUGUAAUUUGAUUGGUAAGCCGUGAGAUAAAUGUCCCCCCCCCUCCUUUACCUCUUCUUCUCCCCGCCCUGUCUCCACCUCCUGUAAUCUGUCCUAUCUUUGCUGCUUUAAGUGGAUGUCUGUUACCCAUCAUCCUCUCUGGCUGUCUGGCCUCCCUUUUUGUUUACAAGGCUGCGCUGACUCAGUCCCCUUCUCCUCGUGAAUUAUGUUUGCUCUCAUUUGUACCAUCUCUUAAUAAUCAGUGUUAGUCUCUGCAGAGGGAGUUGGUAUAACUAAAGGCUCUCUAUAUAGUCCCCCGACCACUCGCCUGUAUGCAAGGGGAAAUACACACUAUAUAUGCAUGAAUAUAUGCAUAUUGUAAAGCUGAAAAUGACCGUGUCGUCAUGGGUGAUUUGUCGUCGUCGUAGCUUUUAUUUCUCUCUGGUUACAUUUGUGGUUUUUAAUGUACUGAUCAGUACAGGCUUUUAUUUAUGUGUGAAAGGUGGUAUUUCUUAGUAAUGUCCUUUUCUUUUCAGUCGGUGUUUGCUUGGAAACAUUUUCUUUAUCUUUUGGUUUCUACUGAUCUUCACCCCAAGCCUAGUCCUUUACUCAGGGUAUCAAAUCAUUGAAAGCACUUGUGAUAUCCAUAACAGGUCAAAGAGCCCCCCUCCCCCGCCCCCCCUAACCCACACACACAUUGUUACAGAGUUACAGUUUAUCAGAUCAUUUCAGUGGAGGGUCACUGAAAGAAAUGGGUCAUUAAUAAAACCAACACAAGUUGAUGCACAGUGAUUCCAAAAUCACUAAAGCAUCAAUUUCUUUCUCAUUAGUAAAAUGAAUGUUUGCAGAACGGCAACAAUAUUCUUCACUUAGAAAAAAAGUUCUUGAAGCUUCCCGGUCAGCUUUAGGCAUUGUGUUUGUGUCUGUUAUCUGACUGGUGCAGUUACUCUGUUCAGUUAUUUAUCCACCACAGGUAAGAUUAGAAUCCGACGGGCGAAACAUUGUUGUGUUGCACCUCGAGUCCCACGUCUUCCCUCCCCACAGAGUCAUUUGAGCAGAAACCCCUCUCUUUCUCCUCUGGAGUUUUGGAUUGUACAUCCCCUUCAUCCUUUCUAAUGUUUUGGUGUGUUUUCUUGAAGGGCUUAUGCAUAUAAGAAAAAAAAAUCGUAUCUAUUUUAAUCGUUAUUUAAUUUUUAUUUUCUAUAUUAAACUUCCGGAGACAGAACGUUUUUUUGUCUUUAUUAGAUCCCACAUUUUUGGGAGAGCCAAUGUUAAAGAUGUACAUUUGAAUGUCGGGGAAGAAAAAUGUAUUCUGUCUCACUCUGCCUUUUUUUAUGUGUAAAGAAAAAAAGAGUCGGAGGGACGCCACAAGUUUUACUUUGAGGAAAGAACUUUUACAUCUGUGCCAAAUCGCAUGAGGAUGUGCAUGGGCAUGCACGCCCGAAUUUAUCUAGACGCACUAUGCUAAACGCCUCCGAACUCAAGGGAGGGUUCAAUUAUUCCAGCAGUGUAAAGUAAACCUAAGGCAAACAAUUAUAUUUAAUUUAAUUCAAAAUAAAAGGAGUUGCUCACUGGUGUUAGAGCUAACGGUGUUAACAUACUGACUUUAGCCGUCGUGUCCUCAUGUUCUCAAUGACGUGUGAUGCUCACCUCUAAAAUAUCAACAGUCCCAUAUUUUUUGGAGCUUUCUACAAGUAAAUAUAUUUAUAUUUUGUGAGACAUUAUCAAUCAACGGGACAAGUUUCAAACGGAAAUUGCGAAAUUUUAAGGAUUGUCCAUUGGUGUUCUAAGUUGAUGGAUUUACACGCAAAGGCAAUAAUGUUUGAGAAACGUGAUGUUUGAGUUCUUUCUUUUUCUCCCCCUUAAGGAGGUCGCUGUGAGGGCGGAAAUCCAUUUCUGUAUAAAACACUAUCAAAUGUUACUAUUGGUGUUUGUACAGUUCAGCUCUUGGAGUUCUGAUGUUGGCCUUACUGUCCGUUCCUCCUCUGUUGAUGUUUUUUCAGUUGUAUUCUGUACAAAAAUAUUUUGCAAUAAAUAUGGAACUGUUUUCUAAGGA